UCAAAUCUGUGUAUUCAUAAACAUCGAUAUAUAUAAAAGAUUCUAUCACAAGGAAAACAAGUCGAGUUUCCAAACCUGAAAAAACACGGCUUGCGAAGUUUACCAUGUCCUCGAGCCCUCCGAGAGAGCGGACCAACGAUGUAGCCGGCCGUGGAGGAGGCGGAGACCAUCUGGGAGGGAGGACUUCCGGGCUCUACUGGUGCUACCAGUGCCAUCGGAUGGUGAGGAUUGCUUCAUCAAAUCCCUCGGAGAUUGUGUGCCCUCGAUGCUACCGGCAAUUUUCCGUUGAGAUUGAGACGAGGCGGCCUCGGAUAGCGUUCAACUACUCCCCGCCUUUCAACGCCUCUCCCGAGGCUCGUCUCUUUGAAGCUCUCUCCCUCAUGUUUGAUCCUCAUGUUAGAGGGUUUGGUCGUGAGGACCCGUUUCUCAGACCAAGAUCGAGAAACGUGGUAGCCAUGGGCUCCGAGGCGAUACCUCGAUCACAUCAUCGCCGCAGACACAGCCAUGAUAUGGGAAUUAACAACGGUAACAGGACAAAUGGCGGUGAAAAUAUCCGGGAAAGUGAAACCGAGGGUUUACCUCCACCGAGAAGAACGUUUGUCAUUCUCCGACCCGUUGAUCCAACCAGGCUGGGUGGAAAUAUGAUGGAACCACCAAAUCUUGCAACCCGUGCGGUGAACCCUCGGGACUACUUUUUAGGACCGGGCUUAGAGGAGCUGAUUGAGCAGCUGACGGAGAAUGAUAGACCUGGACUGCCACCAGCACCAGAGUCAGCUAUAGAGGCGAUACCAACAGUGAAAAUCACAUCAGAUCAUCUAAAAAAGGAUGGAUCGCAAUGCUCGGUGUGCCUGGAGGAAUUUCAGGUAGGUGGGGAAGCAAAAGAAUUACCUUGUACACAUAUAUACCAUAAUGAUUGUAUAGUCCCAUGGCUGAGGCUUCACAACUCUUGCCCGGUCUGUCGCCAUGAGGUGCCUCUCAACUCCGGGGGUGAUUCUCGGGAAAGGGUUAGCUCUGUCGGAGAAGAGGCGCCUGACACAAGGCGCUUGAGGUGGAGGCAGCUGGGGAAUAUGUGGCCUUUUCAGGCAAGGUACCAGAGGGUUAGUCCAGAAGAAUCAGCACUCCCGAAUUCUCGAGCCCUAUGUUUCAGGAAAAACGAAAACACAAGGUUCAGUAAGUUGAAGAAAACGAUGAACCACAAGAUAGAAACACAACAUCUGCACUGCAUGCUAUAACUGGAAGAGUUCUAGGGGAAAUUCAGUAAACUUGCCUGAAACCUUAACUGAAAUGAUCUCAAUUGUUUAUGCAGUUGAAUCGCGGUGCCCUCUCUGUCAUAUCCUUUAGCUUCUUGAAAUGAUGCAACUAUUUGAAGGAGAAGCAUAUGGCAGCAUGUUGUUGAGCAUUUGCAGAUGAAUAAAGCACAUAAUAAAUGUACAAUGCAAGCAUAUGAACCACAAAACGGUAAAGGAACCAUGUACAGAAUCCAGACUAAUGGAUUACAAUUCAAACACAUCAUUAUCCUGACUAGACUUAGUCAUAUCAUGUACUUUACUUCUUCUGAAACAAAAGAUUGCAACUUCACAGACAUAUAAAAAAACUCUAAAGCUCUUGCUAGGUUAGCAAA